UUGUGUGCCACGGCACUGACUCGGCUCACAGAACAGACAGCCCGGCGGCUCACUGCGCAUGCGCGCAUCCUAACCGCUGGUCCCUGAGCUUGUGCGCUGAGGGUCAGUAGUUACGGAAGUGCUCAGGCCAGUAAGGAUGUCGACGAGCCGCUCAGGGAACGACCACUACAACCCCAUCAACCCCUCAGGAGGGACAAAACGGCCCCGGGCAGAGUCGGGCAACAAAGUGACGGUGGUGCUGGGAGCCCAGUGGGGAGAUGAGGGGAAGGGGAAAGUGGUGGACCUGCUGGCCACGGAGUCUGAUAUCGUGUGCAGAUGUCAGGGAGGAAAUAAUGCAGGUCACACAGUAGUGGUCGAAGGAACAGAGUAUGACUUUCAUCUCCUCCCUAGUGGUAUCAUCAACACCAAAUGUAUAUCACUCAUUGGUAAUGGUGUAGUUGUUCAUCUUCCAGGCCUUUUUGAAGAAAUUGACAAAAAUGAGAAGAAAGGCUUGAAAGGAUGGGAGAAAAGACUCGUCAUCUCUGAUAGAGCUCACAUAGUUUUUGAUUUCCAUCAAGCUGUGGAUGGAAUGCAAGAAGUGCAGAGACAAGCACAGGAAGGGAAGAACAUAGGAACGACCAAGAAAGGCAUUGGACCAACGUACGCAUGCAAGGCAUCCCGAACCGGACUUCGCAUCUGUGACCUGCUAGCAGAUUUUACAGAGUUUUCCACCAAGUUCAAAAACCUGGCACAGCAGUACCAGUCCAUGUAUCCCGCUCUUAAACUGGAUGUUGAAGGUGAACUAAAAAAACUAAAGGAUUAUGCAGAGAGAAUCAGACCCAUGGUAAGGGACGGAGUAUAUUUUAUGUAUGAUGCUAUUCACGGACCGCUGAAGAAAAUUCUUGUGGAGGGGGCAAAUGCUGCUCUGCUAGACAUUGACUUUGGAACGUAUCCAUUUGUGACAUCAUCCAACUGCACCGCUGGUGGUGUGUGCACUGGCCUUGGCAUUCCUCCAGCGAAUAUUGGAGAUGUGUAUGGGGUAUCAAAAGCUUACACCACUAGAGUGGGCAUUGGAGCCUUCCCAACAGAACAACUCAAUGUUGUCGGGGAGCUGUUACAGACACGAGGUCAUGAAGUUGGUGUUACGACAGGCAGGAAAAGACGCUGCGGGUGGCUGGACCUGGUCAUCCUUAGAUAUGCUCACAUGAUCAACGGCUUCACCGCAAUUGCUUUGACUAAACUAGACAUUCUUGAUGUGCUUGAUGAGAUUAAAGUGGGUGUCGCCUACAAACUCAAUGGCAAACGAAUUCCUCAUUUCCCAGCUAAUAUGGAGGUACUACAGAAGGUUGAAGUGGAGUAUGAGACGCUGCCUGGUUGGAAGACAGAUACUUCAGCAGCCAGGAAGUGGAAUGAUCUGCCCCCUAAAGCCCAGAACUACAUCCGCUUUGUGGAGAAUCACAUCGGUGUACCUAUUAAGUGGGUGGGCGUAGGCAAGUCCAGAGAAUGCAUGAUACAGAUGUUCUAGAGCGUGUGUCCUCCAGUGACAUCUGGAGUCAAUCAACAACGCGCCAUCCUCUCAGGAAACCCAUGACAAUUAUAUGAAUUUCUGUCACGGCAAAUGGAUUAGCAUUCACAAAUGCUGUGUUUAGAUGCAAGACCUGUUGUUAAGACAAGUGGAAUUUUGCCUCAACAACUGACACUGAAAAUUAGUAAAUGUUAAUAAUUAUUAAUAAAUUUAUUUUAAAAACGA